AUUAAACCGUAGAGUAGAUAAACAGGCAGAGACGGAGAAAAAGAAUAAAACAAAAACAAAAUGGCGGAUUAUUGGCUUCUGUGAAGAAGCACGCUGUAAUUUUUUAAAUUGUAUUGUAAACGAUAUAAGAGUCUACAUUUUGUUAUAUUUUACAAAAAGAAGGAUGCGUCGCAAAAGUGAUCGAAAUGCAAGCAAAAAGCUGAAAUCUUCACCUGAAAAGAAAGUCGAAAAAGUAAAGCGUACACGUUCACGUCGUAGAAAAUCUACUUCUUCUGAAAAUGAAUCUGCAGAGGAGACAAUUGCUCAAGAGUCGGAACCUGUAGUUAAUACCGAUCUAGAAAAAAAAACUCUACAAGCAACUGUAAAAGCCGAUAGUCCUGAGGAGGCACAAGACCAGGUAUGGCAUGUCAAAGCCACAGAGAGUGGUGAUAUGGGCGAGAUACAGAAAUUAAAAAUUUGUUUAACACGCCCGUCCUCUACUCCUGAAAGAGUGGAUAGAUCUCCACGAAGCAAGAGGAAACAUUCUCGCGCUACUAGUUCUAGUGAUACACCGAGUAUCGAAGGAGUGGAUGAUCGAAAGAAAAGUAAACAUCGCACUAAACGUGCUACACGUGAAUCUAAAGAUGGAUCAGAAAAGAAUCACGAUAGUCAAGAAGAACAGGACAGGGAAGUAGAUGCGGUCUACGCAGAUGGUGAUACUCAGGUAACCCAAAGCACUGAAAAAAUACAGGAUACAGUUCUAGAUGAGAUUCCCAUGUCUACUACUAGUGAUGACCCCAAAAUAAAUGAUAAUUUAAAUGAUGCUAAUGAAAUACAAAAGGAAGAAAUGAAAAUAGAUGUGGAACAAAGUAAGCCAUCUGAUGCUGACACAACUGUUGUUUCUCCAAGAGCUGAGCCAACAGCAGUGGUUGCAUUAGUUACUGAAACAGUAAUGGGUUCACAAGAAAUUGAAACAACAGUAGUAUCAGCUAAGAUUGACAUAAAAGAUUCUGAAGAUAAAAUAUCUGAAAAAGAUAGUUCCGAGUCAAAUUUAAGUAUGUCUAUUGACAAAUCUGAGGUUCUUGAAAUUCAUGCAGAGGAAAGUAAGUGUGAGUCAUCAGAUAAUGAGAUGAAGACACGAGAGGUUUCUGUGGAAAAGGCUGUUGAUGAAGACAAGGAAUUAAUUUGUGAAAAGGUAAGUAAAAUAGAAGAACAAAACAGCAGUCUUACAAAGGAUGCAGAGUCUGUUCACCAAGAAGAUAAUAAAGAUACUAAUCAAUCUGAUGUUGUAGAGAAAUCAGAUACCAUGGAUAUAGAAAGGAUAAGGAAAAAUUCAUCUGAUGCUGGUGAUAAGGUAGAGAGUAGUGAAGUAAGGCAUAAAAGUAGAGACAUUGAACACUCUGAUUUAAUACAAUCUACACAUGAAGAAAUUGUACAAAAUGGUGCAGCCGCACCUAUCACAUUUAACAGAAAACGAAGGUGGGGCUCCCGUCCUUCAAAAGUUACAACGCAAAAGUCUAUAACUAUAUCUACUGAUGUUCUUAAAGAGAUAAUACCUGAUGUUAAACCUGUAGAAUUUGCCGAAGUUAUUGAGGAGAAAAAAAAUAAAAGGGAAGUGAGUGAAAAAGUGGAUAGACCUGUAUUGCCAAAAAUUAUUAUAGAUAACACAGAGAAUUUAGAACACAAUAGAAAGGUAAAGGAAAAUGAUGAAAGUGAUAAAGACAGAUCUAGAGACUCGCAUUUGGCAUCAAAUAGAAAAAUAUCAAUAGUUAAAGACAACGAUAGCAUUAUUGCAAGGCCACCAAGUCCACCCAGACAUAAACAGUCAAAUAUAUUGUACAUAACAAAUUUGGUGAGGCCAUUUACUUUACCACAAUUAAAAAAUUUGUUACAAAGAACAGGAAGAAUUGAAGAAAAUGGAUUUUGGAUAGAUAGAAUAAAAUCAAAAUGUUUUGUUAAAUAUGGGACUGAAGAUGAAGCAGUGGAGACCAGACAUGCACUUCAUGGUGUUACAUGGCCUGUCUCAAAUCCUAAGACAUUGCAAGUAGAUUUCUCUACCCAAGAAGCUUUUGAUAAGGCUAAGCUGAAUGAAGAAACGGACAACAAUCAGACUUCAACAAUACCAGGCACAGUGGAGGAUUGGCUACGGGAGCAGGACAUCAAACGUGAAAGAGGAGAACUGGAGAAACCAUGGGAACGGAAGGCAGCAAUGCGAGAAUGGGACCUUGGUAAAGGUGAAAAAGAUAAGGAAAAGGAUAAACUGAGAAAGGAUGACCGGUUACCUGACAAGAGACGACAUCGUAGUCUUGAAAGGAGCCCAGAACCAGCAAGAAAAUUCAAGAAGAAGGAAGAGGAAGCACCCGCCAAACUACUUGAUGAUCUAUUUAGAAAGACUAAAACUACACCCUGCAUAUAUUGGUUGCCGCUGUCUGCUGAAACUAUCGCAGUAAAGGAGGAACAGAGGCGACAACAUAUGGCGGAGCAUGAACGGCGAUUCUCGCCUUUGUACAUAUCGGGAAUUAAAUCUCUUCCUCUUCUCGAUAAUGAUAGGCUAGUGUGUAGGAAUGUUGUGUGGGACACACGAUGGUACGUUCUGGCAGUGCUAGCAGCAACUGCUGCUGCUCAAGAUCCAUUCACUCUCAGAGAAUUUGUGAAUGGAAAUUUUGCACAGAGGGGUUUCAACGGGACCUGGAUUUCAGAUACGGAGUUCACAUAUACCAUUUCAGGCGAGGACGGUAUUUAUUUAUUUAAUGUGGAAACUCUUAACAGUACCGACCUUGUUGAUCCAGAGUUAUUGAAACUACUAAACACCACUCGGCCUGUAUUAUCUGCUGAUAGAAACUACAUUUUGGCUGCUAGUGAAGUUCAAGGAGUCUAUCGAUAUUCAACUACGGCCAAAUAUACGCUUUACAAUAUUGAAACAAAUGAUAUAUUCGAGAUAGCUGGUCACCAACGCUUGCAGCUUUGUAUCUUCGGCCGGGGACACUCACUUGCUUAUGUGCUGAACAACACUUUGUAUUAUUUGCCUGAGAACAGUAUCAAUCCAAUAAAACUCACAGACGAUGGCAUAGACGGAGUUAUAUACAACGGACACACAGACUGGGUGUAUGAAGAGGAUGUCAUGUACACAGGACAAGCUACUUGGUUUUCUACGAAUGGUUCUUACUUGGCUUUUGCUAGUUUCAAUGACACAGAGGUUGAAACUUACUCGUAUUACCACUACACGGGCACGUCGGACCCAGACGAUCUUUACCCUGAGCUGUAUCAUCUGAAAUAUCCUAAGGUCGGUCGUGUGAAUCCUUCAGUAAGUUUAUACGUAGUUGACCUCAAUUCUCUGGUUGAAGAUAAUAAUUUGAAUUUCUUGAGGUUGAAUGCUCCCGAAGAGGUAACCGAAGACCACAUACUCGGUGGAGUGACAUGGCCCACCGAUAAUGAAAUCGCUGUUCACUGGCUUAACAGGCGGCAGAAUUACACUAUUCUUAGAAUUUACAACGUGCUCAAUAUCAGCGAUUAUGUUGAUGAACGAAGAGCGGAACCUAAUGGCUGGGUUCCGAUUGCAUUGCCUCAAUUUAGUAGCGAUGGUUCAUACUACGUGUCCACCCGCUGGUCCCAUCCUCAAAUUGAUGGAAGAAUAUGGCAACAUCUCUACCUCAGCUUGAGAAUCGGCAACAAGAUCGAAUCCAGUUCAAUAACACCGGGAUUGGCUACUGUUAACAGUUUUGUCGGGGUGAACGAGGACGGUCCAUAUUUUUACUACACACGCACGGUUCCCGGGAGUCAGUGGCGGUCUGAACUCCGUCGUGGGGGCGCGAGGGACGGGUGUAUCAGCUGUAACAUUCAGCUGCCAGAGGGAGGACCGUGCACUUGGGUUACGGCCACCGCGAGUCGCGGCGGUAGAUACCUGUCUGUCACCUGUUCUUCGCCCAAUGAACCCUCAGCCACUUAUAUAGUCGACCCGUUACAAACCAGUGUGACCAAUGCAAUUCUUUAUGUAUGGGAGACAAACAGUAUAGUGCGAGAACGGCUUGUUGAGAAGUCUCGUCCGGAAAGCGUUAUAUUCACGGUGCCACUGGAGAACGGUAUUCAAGCGCCUGUCCGAUUGCACAUUCCACCCGGCGUCGAUUUGAAUGAUACCUCGACGCAGUACCCCCUGAUCUACUACGUAUACUCCGGCCCUAAUACCAAUACAGUGUAUGAUACAUUUACAGUUGGAUAUCAUUCAUAUAUUACAACAAAUCACAAUGCGAUCUACAUGAUAGCGGACGGCCGCGGCGCCGGUCUCAACGGCCAAGAUAUUCUGUAUUCACUGAACAACAGACUUGGUACUGUGGAGAUAGAGGACCACUUGGUGAUUCUCAGACAAGUCCUGGAUCGAUACCCAGCAAUCGAUCGCGAUCGUAUCGGCAUUUGGGGUCACAGUUACGGUGGCUACGCAACUCUGCUGACACUCAUCAAAGAUGAAGAGCAUCUGUUCAGGUGCGGUGUUGCUUCGGCCCUUGUUACUUCGUGGAUAUAUUACAAUACAAUGUAUACGGAGCGAUACAUGGGGCUGCCUACUGAAGAAGACAAUCUAUCAGGCUACGAAAACGGCGACAUAACAUUGUUGGCUGAGAAACUGAGAGGGCAUGACUUCUUUAUAAUUCACGGCAACGCUGACGACAAUGUGCACUAUCAGAACGCAGCCAAACUGCUGCGAGCGCUUCAGCAGCUAGAUAUACCAUUCAGGCAAAUGAGUUAUCCAGAUGAGGCGCACUCCCUCGCAGGCGUGAACUGGCAUAGAUAUGACGUAAUGAAUCGCUACUGGCAACAAUGUUUGAACAUACCUUAAAUGAAUUUCGUAAAAUGCUCUACUGGGAUGUGUUCCAUACAAGUACAGUCAUCUGUAUAUGCAAAUAUUUUUCUAUUUUGUUAAAAUAACAAUUUAUUAUAAUUAUUAUUGGCUAAUCAAUGCAUCUAUAGGUAUGAGUAUACAAAAAAAGUAAGAUACAUUGGUAAAGAUACUACAUAGCAUUGAACACGUCAUUUGUAUAAUAUUUAUAUUGAAAUAAAAUAUAAAUAUUAUACAUUCCAUUGUACGUUAAGAGUUUUUAUUCAUUCAUUCCCAUUCAAGGUUAUAGUUGAAACUGAAAUUUAAAAAAUGAACGUGUAUAAGUAUAUGUAGUAUAAUAUAAUAAAUUCUAUUACUUACCUACUUAUUUCUUUUUUUUGUUUCGUUUAAACAUGUAUAAAAUUGAAUAUAGGUAUUGCACAAUCCGUGUAAUAUUAUUGUUAAUCAUUAUUUAUUUAAAUUCAGUGUUAAAUAAAAUAAAUAUUAUUCUAUAA